GCUGCCCCGCCGUCGGCUCCCCGCGCGCAGGUCCGCGGGGCGGGGCAGCUGCCCAAGGGCCACCCCGGGGCGUUCCCGAAGGGCGCCCCGACCGACCGCCCCCCGAUGUACUAUGCGGUCUCCCAGGCGCGCGUGAACGCGGCCCCCGCGACCAUGCUGCGGCCACAGCGGCCGGGAGACGUGCAGCUCGGGGCCUCCCUGUACGAACUGGUGGGCUUCCGGCCGCAUCCCUCCUCCUCCUCGACCUCCUCCUCCACGACGGCCCCCCUCCUUCCCAAGGCCGCGCGCGAGAAGGCCGAGGUGCCCGCCGACCCGCCGGGCUCGGGAGCGGGGCCGGGCGCGCGCGCGGACAGCGGCCCCCGGGCGGACCCCAAAGAGGAGCAGCAACAGCAGCUGCGGCGCAAGAUCAACAGCCGCGAGCGGAAGCGCAUGCAGGACCUGAACCUGGCCAUGGACGCGCUGCGCGAGGUCAUCCUGCCCUACUCGGCGGCGCACUGCCAGGGCGCGCCCGGCCGCAAGCUCUCCAAGAUCGCCACGCUGCUGCUCGCGCGCAACUACAUCCUGCUGCUGGGCAGCUGGCUGCAGGAGCUGCGCCGCGCGCUGGGCGAGGGCGCCGGGCCCGCGCCGCGCCUGCUGCUGGCCGGCCUGCCCCUGCUCGCCGCGCCCGGCCCCGUGCUGCUGGCGCCCGGCGCCCUGGGGCCGCCCGACGCGCUGCGCCCCGCCAAGUACCUGUCGCUGGCGCUCGAGGAGCCGCCGUGCGGCCAGUUCGCGCUCCCGGGCGGCGGCGGCGGCGCGGGCGGCCCCGGCCUCUGCCCCUGCGCCGUCUGCAAGUUCCCGCACCUGGUCCCGGCCGGCCUGGGCCUGGCCGCCGUGCCCGCGCCGUUCUCCAAGUGAGCGCUCGCCCUCCCGGCUCCCGCGCGCCCCCGCGCCUGGCGCCCUGCACCGCGGGGCGCAUCCCGGAGCCCCUUGAGGACCUCCCGGCCCAGAGCAGCGGACUCCGGGCGCCCCCACCCCGCGGAAGUGCAAGUGACCCAGCGGCUGUUGGGC